AGAAGAUGUUGAGUCGAGCAGAGAGUGGAGAGAUUCCCAAGACUCUCACUCAAAUGUACACACACUUCCUGAUCCUUCAGACCAACAUCAAACAUCAGAAGGACUAUGAGAAGAACGUGACAGAUGAAGACAUGAUCCUCAAACUGGGGAAAGUGGCUUUUCAGCAGCUUGUGAAAGGCAAUGUGAUCUUCUAUGAGGAAGACCUGAGAGAGUGUGACAUUGAUGUAACAGAAGCAUUAGUUUACUCCGGAUUGUGCUCUCAGAUUUUCAGAGAGGAGUUUGGCUUGUAUCAAGAGAAAGUCUUCUGCUUUGUUCAUCUGAGCGUUCAGGAACAUCUAGCUGCUCUAUACGUGCACCUUUCCUGUAUAAACAACAACACAAAUGUGUUUGAUCCAAGCGCCAAACAAAGACCACUAUCGAAAGUUUUGAAUUGGUUUCAGAAUAAUUCAUUAUCUGAGCUGCACGAGAGAGCUGUGGAUGAGGCUCUACAGAAUAAAAAUGGACACCUGGACCUUUUCCUGCGGUUCCUUCUGGGUCUGUCAGUGGAGUCUCAUCAAAAUCUCCUACAAGGACUAAUGACACAGACGAGAAGCAGCUCUGACAGCAAUAACAAAACAGCUGUGUACAUCAAGAAGAAGAUCAGGACCAUUGACUCUCCAGAGAAAUUCAUCAAUCUGUUCCACUGUCUGAAUGAACUGGGUGAUCAUUCACUAGUGGAGGAAAUACAACAGUAUCUGAAAUCUGGAACAAUAAAGGGAGCCAAACUCUCUUCAUCUCAAUGGUCUGCUGUAGCUUUUGUGCUGUUGACAUCAGAGAAGAAGCUGGAUGAGUUUGAUAUUAAUAAGUUUGUUGAAGGAAACAAUGAAACCGAAAAACUGGAAGUUUUUCAGAAGCUGCUGCCUGUGAUUAAAGAAUCCAGAUCAGUUCAGUUGAGGUGUUGUGGUGUCACAGAUAAAGGUUGUGCUGCUCUGGCUUCAGCUCUGAGAUCAAACCCCUCACACCUGAGAGAUUUGGAUCUGUCUGGGAAUAAAAUAAAAGAUUCAGCCGUGACAUGCCUCUCUGCUGUCCUGGAAGAUCCUCACUGUAAACUGGAGAAACUGUGGUUGUAUAAUUGUGGUCUUACAGAUGAAGGUUGUGCUUCUCUGGCUUCAGCUCUGAGAUCAAACCCCUCACACCUGAGACAACUGAAUCUGUCUGGGAAUAUAAUAGGAAAUUCAGUGAAUCUGCUCUCUGCUGUACUGAAGGAUCCUCACUGUAAACUGGAGAAACUGUGGCUGAUGCAUUGUGGUGUCACAGAUGAAGGUUGUGCUGCUCUGGCUUCAGCUCUGAAAUCAAACCCCUCACACAUGAGAGAACUGGAUCUGACUGGGAAUAAACUAGGGCGUUCUAGUGUGAAUUUGCUUUCUGCUGUACUGGAAGAUCCUCCCUGUAAAUUGGAGAUACUAAGGUUGAGUGAUUGUGGUGUCACAGAUGAAGGUUGUGCUGCUCUGGCUUCAGCUCUGAGAUCAAACCCCUCACACCUGAGAGUACUGAAUCUGUCUGGGAAUAAACUACAAGAUUCAAGUAUGAAGUUUCUCUCUGCUGUACUGGAGGAUCCUCACUGUAAACUGAAGAAGCUGGAAUUGUGCUAUUGUGGUGUCACAGAUGAAGGUUGUGCUGCUCUGGCUUCAGCUCUGAGAUCAAACCCCUCACACCUGAGAGUACUGGAUCUGACUGGGAAUAAACUAGGACAAUCUGAAGUAAAGUUUCUCUCUGAUUUGAAAGGUGAUCCACAUUAUAAACUGGAGGAACUAUACUAUUGACUCUCAGUACUUGGAUGUCAGUCCAGUUUCCUCAGGAUCAGCUGAUGGUAAAUGAGCCACUACAGAGAUGUCAGUCACACAGUCAACAGAGACUGAACUCACUAUUUAAUUUAAUAAUACAUAAUUUGAUAAUAAAUCCUUUUAUACAUGAAAAUGAGUAAAAGCAUAAAGUGACAAAAUCAGAACACUUUCAUUUUAAUCAAGACAUGGUGUAUAUAAGAGAUUUAUUGUGCAUUGUCAUUUUAUUAAUAUAACUUUGAAAAA